AACCUGGCGUUAACGUGUGCUUCUUUGCCAGAUUCAUACAGCCACAAGGUAUUGUUUACCUUGAACGACAAAGAGAGCUGCGUUUUGGCAAGAAUUGUACUGUUGCUUUAUAUCAUGAACGGAGGUGAAUCAGACGUUGAGAAAACCGUCACAGAAAUUUGGUAUUCAACAUUACUCAGCGAGGGAACAUAUCAAUGUCUUCGCGCAUCGCUUCUAGAGCUCACUGGCUUGACGUCCGCAGAAAACCUACUGUCAAACACCGCUGGUUUGAUAAGGGUUGAAGAAUUGCAGUUUCAACAACUGCAAGAUGUCUGGAAAACCUGGCUUGGUCUGCGUGUGACAGGAACAAAGUGGAUUCGGAAGCAACGCGAAGAAUUGAUGAAAACCCAAUUGUAUUCUCCAUACACUGAGAACGUACCAGCACAACACGCCGCUUCGGCGAAGAGAUGGAUAGAGCAGGGUGUUUUCAAACGAACACCAGGGCCAACGUUUGCCGAGAACCCGACAAUGACUGGCGUUGAUUCAAAAGCAAGAUAUGCACCUUAUUCCUACAGCGUGCCGGAAAGCGUCUUUCCUUUUUCAGGCUGGGACUAUCAGCAAGUGAAAAAGUUCAAGAGUUGCAACUGCCUCGUGACGAUGUACGGCGAUUACAUUGAAUGCAUUCUACGAAACACUCUGAAGAUGUUCUCCAAGAAACAAAUCAGCGUCCAGGUUAUACUGAGCGAUUGCAUGGACAUUCAACAACAUCUCGAGGUGAACACACUGUACGACCGAAUUCUUACGUCGAACCUGAUGGACUACGUAUUUUUACCAAAUUUGCUGAAGCUUUGUUCCGAGAUGUUGAACCACGACAACGACCAAGCGACCAUCAUAACGGAAACUAUAUUGUGGUCGGAUAGUAUAAUGCCCGAAGGAGACGUCUCGUGGCCACCGAAUAUGACGCGACUCCCAAAGUUAACAAAAAUUGCUUCGGAAGAUACCAAGCGAUCAUUUUUUGCCAACGACGGGGGCAUAAGCGUCAGAGAAUAUCUGGAUAACUCUCGUGAAUUCCUCAACUAUCUCAGAGCGAUGUUUUACGCAUAUCGUUUACAUAAAGUGGCAGAGAGUAAAUCCACCGGUACGAAAUCUACGAUUCCUGGUAUUAAAGAAUUAGCAAAUGAAUUUAAGUUGCAACUCCGAGAUGGCAUUCGGAACGAAAACAGAAUCGUAUUUUAUAAGCCGGCAAUAAACAGGAGAAGAGUUAAUUUUAUGAUGGGCCGUGAGCGAUUUUUGGAGUGGAUCCCACUGAAAAAAGAGUGA